AUGGACUCUGCACAUUCUAUUGCUCAAUCUGAGGUCUAUUCUAUCGUUGCCAAGGUUAUACGACAAAUUCAAAACACUGACGAUCAGAAAGAAUGGUUACAAGGAUUACAAGAAUUUAAUGCAUUACUAACAGGCGUAGCACAAUCACCACUCCAAUCCAAUCUAAAUGAAAUUAAGAUGCAAUUUACGACCAGAUAUUAUACCAUGGCUGCCAACGCGAUCAUCAAGACGUAUGCUAAAUGGUCCACUAAAAUCACUGCAGAAAAUCGAGUACAGUAUCUUGAUCACUUCUUUCUUAAAGGACCGUGCCAUGAAGCUUUUCUUUCGCUAUCCAAUAUAUUCAAUACCUCCAGUCAUUCUUUGGUACUACGUCAAGGGAUCAAUUUGCUGGACCAAUUUAUACAAGUUGAUAGAAUCAGGGAUCUGAUCUGUAGCUUUUCCUUGGUCAAGAGCAAGGAGAUGAAUGACCUUGCUAGUGCUACCUUACAGAAUAAUCUUUAUGAACGAAUUAUUAGCGAUCUAGCUUCAUUACCUGAGCGAAUUGCAAACAAGCUGGAAUUAAAUAUCAAAUCCAACUUUUAUCCGAAAUCGUACUUUCAGCGCAUAGCUCAGCAGAUAGAUGCUUCAUUGAAGUUGAUAUAUGAAUUCAUAAAAGAUGGACAUUCCUACAAUCUAACCUUCCUUGGUAAUUUACUGGGUAAAAUAACUAUAAUAGGCCAUGCCGAGACAUUUCUGGAAGUCUUAGAUGCAUGGUGCAAGAAGAGCGCUAUCCAAUAUACUGGCUAUGAAGAACAUCUAUAUCUAUCACAAGUUCUAUUGAUACUAUGUUCGCAUUUAGAUAAGAAAGAAGUCAUUUCGAACCAACAAGCUGUUUUAGUAAAGUUACUCCAUGGUAUGCAAGUACACUUAGAAAAUAAUACGAUACAGAUUAGACGUCUAGGUAUGAUUGUUGGAGAAACAUUAACGGAUGUCUUAGAUAACGGAGGAAAUCGUCUACGAUUCGAGUAUGAAGAAAAUGAUGAAACUGAUGAAAUUAAAGCUCUUCAAAAACGACUACCAAAAUUGCAAGAUGGAAAUAAGCACCCUAAAGAUACGUUGCAUAGCCAAGGGCGACACAUCGUCUCAACUUUAGAAGAAUCAUCGUCAAAAGUUGCCACUACAUAUGAAGAAUUAGAUAGUGAUGAUGAUUUCGAAUCAUAUGACAUGAGUAAUGAUACAGUUGUAAAUAAAAUUAAGAAACCUUCUUACAUCCGUGAUUGCAUAGAAGGUCUUCUUGUUAAUGAUGAUCCACACCGAGUUGAUUUAGCAGAAGAAAUUGUAAAGAUUCUUCUCCACUUACAAAAUGAAAGUGCUGCGGAAGAUUAUAAUAUUGUACGGUUAUCAGCUAUGAUAUCGACAACUGUACAAUGCCCAACCCAGGCUGUUAAGUAUUUAACUACGGAAUUUUAUAAAACCAAUUACAGUUUACAGCAACGUUUGGAUAUAUUAGAGAUUAUUGCGAAAUCUGCUCAAGAAUUAUCUUCCCCACACACGACUGAUAGUGAAAGUAAGAAAGAGGCGAUACCCAGUGACAAUUAUGGCACUGGACCCCAACAUAGGUCAAAGACUCCGAAUUGGCAGCAAAUUGUCAAUGAAAGAAUUAAAUUGAAAACUCGUCGUUUUGCGAAAGGUCGGCCAAAGUCACGAGUAAAGAGUAUAGCUAAUCGCUUUGCACCAGUCGCAGGCCUUUUCUUUUUCCCGCUACUGCAGCACUUUGACAGACCAUUAAACACCAUGGAUCUACUUGGAGAUGACUCCUUCGUAUUAGGUCGAUUAAUUUAUACGUUAGGUGUCGUCUUGUAUGCUGCUAUUAAUACUACGAUUGUUGACAGUAUGGGUAAAUCUUUAUUAGAAUUUUUAUGGGCCGUAAGAUUUCAUGAAGAAGCGUACAUUCGCCAGUCGAUCAUUUUCAGCUUCACGAUGAUCAUCUUAAGUUUACCUUCAUAUGUUUUAAUCGGGAAUGCAGAUAUCUAUGAAUUUCAAGCUUGGAUGCAAGAUUUAAUUCACAAAGAUCCCAAUAGUGAGUGUCGAAAACUAGCUGCACAAUCGUUAUCCUUACUGCAAGAUACUUUCAAAAAGGAAUUGUUACCGGAAGAAAAAUAA